CGCCGAGCGGCGAGCGCCCCGCCCGGCGGGAGGAGGCCCGGGCCGCGUCCCGGCCCGCGAGCUGCAGGAGUCUCCCCGCCGCCUGCGCUCUGCACCCGCGGCGCCCCCCGCGUGCGGCCCCGGGUUCGCCAGCAGCGGCAGCGGCCUAGAGAUGGACGAAGACGGCGGCGGCGGCGGCGGCGAGGGCGGUGGCGGUGAGUGUCGGAGGUUGCCUGAAGACCUCUCAUUAGAAGAGAGAGAGGAACUUUUAGACAUUCGUCGAAGAAAAAAGGAACUUAUUGAUGACAUCGAGAGACUGAAGUAUGAAAUUGCUGAAGUGAUGACAGAGAUUGACAAUCUGACUUCAGUGGAGGAGAGCAAAACUACUCAGAGGAACAAGCAGAUAGCUAUGGGAAGGAAAAAAUUCAACAUGGAUCCCAAAAAGGGAAUUCAAUUUCUAAUAGAAAAUGACCUGCUGCAGAGCUCCCCAGAAGACGUCGCCCAGUUCCUGUAUAAAGGAGAAGGCCUGAAUAAGACUGUCAUUGGGGACUAUCUGGGUGAAAGGGAUGAAUUUAAUAUCAAGGUUCUUCAAGCUUUUGUUGAGCUCCACGAGUUUGCUGAUCUCAACCUUGUACAAGCAUUAAGGCAGUUCUUGUGGAGCUUUCGGCUUCCAGGGGAGGCUCAGAAGAUCGAUCGCAUGAUGGAGGCGUUUGCAUCACGCUACUGCCUGUGCAACCCUGGCGUCUUCCAGUCCACAGACACGUGCUACGUGCUGUCCUUCGCGAUCAUCAUGCUCAACACGAGCCUGCACAACCACAAUGUGCGGGACAAGCCCACAGCUGAGCGGUUCGUCACCAUGAACCGUGGCAUCAACGAAGGCGGAGACCUCCCAGAGGAGCUGCUGAGGAACUUGUACGAGAGCAUCAAGAACGAGCCAUUCAAGAUCCCAGAGGACGACGGCAACGACCUGACACACACGUUCUUCAACCCGGACCGGGAGGGCUGGCUCCUGAAGCUGGGAGGACGUGUGAAGACCUGGAAGCGGCGAUGGUUCAUCCUGACGGACAACUGCCUCUACUACUUUGAAUACACGACAGACAAGGAGCCCCGCGGGAUCAUCCCACUGGAGAACCUCAGCAUCAGGGAGGUGGAAGACCCACGGAAACCCAACUGCUUCGAGCUCUAUAACCCGAGCCACAAGGGGCAGGUCAUCAAAGCCUGCAAGACCGAGGCGGACGGCCGGGUGGUGGAGGGGAACCACGUGGUGUACCGGAUCUCCGCCCCCAGCCUCGAGGAGAAGGAGGAGUGGAUGAAGUCCAUCAGAGCGAGCAUCAGCAGAGACCCUUUCUAUGACAUGCUGGCCACAAGGAAAAGGAGGAUUGCCAAUAAAAAAUAGAGCCUCCCUGGCCUGAACAGGUAAAAGUAAAAAACGAAGCCCCACAGCAGGAGGUGACCGGGAGGCCUCGCCACGACGUGCUGGACCUGAAGGCCUUUUCCUGAAGGCGCCCAGGAGGCACACUUGGGCGUGCUGCACAGGAACCGCGCUCUGGGCUGGCUCGGCCAUGCAGACCGCCCCAGGCCUCAUGUGCCCUGUGCCAGGAGGGCGGCUGCUGGGAGCGUCUCCCCGCUGACCUACCUGGCGCCUGGCAGGAAUGCCCUUCGAGUGUCACCCAGCUGCAGCGGAUGCAGGACUGACUUUCCAGCAAUGGGAACCCAUCUGUGGGUGGUGGUCGCCAUUCUAGAAGCCGUGGUUUUAUAUCCAAACAGGAAAGGGAAACUAUCACUUUUUUAUCCUGAGCUUUUUUCUUAGACAUAUGGGAUUAUAGCUUUUAUAGCCUUUUUAUAUUCUGAAAUUAUAAUGAAAGAUACUUUCUAACAGUAGUAUUUUUAGAAUGGCAGCUAUAAUUUAAACCCUGGAAACAUGCGUAUACUGUGCGCUGAGUUAUACAUACGCAAAUACAUGCAGCACCCAGAGGGAGAACACAGGGCACACACAAGGCUGGCUGCUCCCGGACCCCUCAGCCCGUAUCCUUGGCAGGCCUCUUGUCACCUCAGUUUGUGGCCCCACAGAUGCUUUGUAAAAAGGCAAAUGAUUAAGAAGAAAAUUAAGGUUUGAGACACUUACUGUAACUGCUGAAUCCAGCACAGUCUAUGCUGAACCACGUGGAACUGCUCACACUUAACUUUUUGACUCGUGAACAGCAGUUUUGGUAUGGUUCAGCUGAACACAUAGCUCAGACUAGCUUUUUACCACUGUUUUCACUAUGUAAAACCUUGUGGCAAAAUGAAUGUUCAUGUCACUGACCUGAUAAUAGUUGACCAGAUUUAAUGAACAGACUUGUAAGUAACUAGAAACAAUCUUACUUUAUCUUCAGGCUUAGUCUCCCACUAGGAGGGAAGGAGUGGGCUGUGGGGUGAGAACGUGGCACACAGGGUUUUCUGUAAAUAGUUUAAGCCCCCGCAUAGGUGGCGGUGGAGCGUGUGGAGCUUGUGAAGACCUGCGACCGUGGAUUGCCAGGCCGCUGCUGACUUAGCAGGUGCUCCGCGUGUUUGCGGAAGGCUGCAUGUGUGCCCAGUGCAUCAGAGCCAGCCCCAGGUGUGCAGCGGGCAAGGCUGGGCGGCGCUGUGCACUGGCACUUCGGCCAGAGUCAGAUGCCUUUUUUUUUAUUGGGAGCAUUCUUUCUGCUGCCGGGACCCCCACGUACGAUCCAUAGGGCCCCCUUAUCAGUUGUGCUGUUGUGCUGGGGGUCUGUUCCCCCACAGAAGCCUGAUAGGUCGUUCACUCCUGUACAGAAUGAAAGCCCCUUCUGCUGUGGGGCUGAAGCAGGUGUAGCUGUUCUUGUGAGAUGCUUUGAUGCUGGGACUGAAUGGCUGUGGGCCCCUGGCUUUGGUGCCGCUGACCUUCACGUUGCUUUAAGUCGCACUAGACUCCGAUGUGCAUCAAAUUGAUUUUUUUUUAUUAAUUCCCAAAGUCUAAGGCUUUGUCACUGUACUGAUACCUCAAAUUUGAAACUAGGUUAUAAGAAAGGCAGGUCAUCAUCCUUGAAAUGCCUGACUGGUGUAUACGCAACUCUGGCCUACAGUCUUCCAUGCAGAGAUACUGCCUGGACCACUGGCCAAAUGCUGCUGCUGAGGACAGCUGCGGGUGCCCACCCCUCAGGCUGGCCCACACUUUCCGCAGCCCUGUAUUUCAGGAGCGGAAGAGCCAUUCCCUUCCCGCCGCCCUUGUGAGACCCGGGUAAGACCUUGGGUACACAGGCCGUCUUUUGGGUCUGGCCUCAAAGUGGGGUUGGGAGAAUUUGCAUAAGGAAACACCUGUGAGAAGUCUUGUCUCCGGUGGUCUGAAGGAGCCUCACCUGAUGGCCGUUUCCGGGGAACACUGAAGCAGCCAUGGUGCUUUGACUGUGUAACUUGCCAUCAGUAUUCUGUGAAGUUACCCAAGUCCAGGUUUCUGACAGUAUUACAUGCAGGGCAUCCAGCUGUCACCCUCCCAGCCCUCAGGCAGGCCUAGCCCAGAAAACCCCAAGGGCAGGUGCCAGAAGGGCUGGUUGCCUGAACCUCAGCAUCCUUCUCCCCACCCCCACGUUUGUGCUCAGUGCUUGAAUUGUUAGUCCCAACUCUGGCCAAAGACAAACUUUCCUCCAGAGACAAAGGGCAGGAGACCGCAGCUUCCCCAGCCCCAGUUACCAUGUGCGGGGCAGCUGGACCAGACAAGCAACUAGGUCUUCAGGAUCACGGAAGGUAUCUGAGCAGUUUAAUGUGGUACCAAACAGAGUCAAAGAGGAGCUAUUUAUAGAUGAGGCAGCACUUAACACUUCAUAUAAAGCAGUGCAUAUUUUUAAAGUUAAAAAUGCAUAUAUCUACAUAGAUGUGCUUUGCUGAGGUUAGGUCUGUUGUAGACCAGAAGCCACGUUGUGACUUCUCAUUAUUUUUUCUUAGAAAACAUUUCUAUUUGCAGUAAAUAGAGUUAAUAUGUAAAUAUUAUACAUAUGUAUUGAUUUCUGGAGUGUGUUAUUCAAUGUAUAUAUAUUCCCACAACUUGCAUGAAGAAAUGUCCUAUAUCAAUAAAUACUUUGUUGUAAAGUGAAUAGUAAAAUUGGAGUGUAUAUGGUUGUCAAAUUGCAAAUACUAUGUUCACUAAAUAAAACACCUAUUA